AUGGCAGAGGCCAGUAUUUCAGAGUUUCAGGACCAGUUCAUGUGUCCAGUCUGUCUGGAUCUCCUUAAGGAUCCUGUGACUAUUCCCUGUGGACACAAUUACUGUAUGGGCUGUAUUAAGGGCUGCUGGGAUCAGGAUGAUCAGAAGGGAGUCUACAACUGCCCCCAGUGCAGAGAGACCUUCAGUCCAAGACCAGUUCUGGGUAAAAACACUAUGCUGGCUGAAGUGGUGGAGAAACUGAAGAAGACGAGACUCCAAGCUGCUCCUCCUCCUGCUCACUGUUAUGCUGGACCUGGAGAUGUGGAGUGUGGUGUUUGUACUGGGAGAAAAUUCAAAGCCAUCAAAUCCUGUCUGGUGUGUCUGGAUUCCUACUGUCAAACUCACUUUGAACGUCAUGAAGAACUUCACUCAGGAAAGAGACACAAAGUGACUGAUGCCACUACAAAACUACAAGACCAGAUUUGCCCUCAUCAUAACAAACUGAUAGAACUUUGGUGUCGAACCGACCAACAGUUCAUGUGUUAUCUGUGUAUGGUGGAUGAACACAGAGACCAUAAAACAGUAUCAGUGGCAGCAGAGAGGACUGAAAGACAGAAACAGUUGGGAGAAAGACAGAGUAAAACCCAGCGGAGAAUCCAGGAGAGAGAGAAAGAGGUGCAGGAGCUGAGACAGGCUGUGGAGUCUCUGAGGCGCUCUGCACAGGCAGCAGUGGAGGACAGUGAGAGGAUCUUUACUGAGCUGAUCCGCUCCAUUGAGAGAAGGUGUCGUGAGGUGACAGAGCUGAUCAGAGAUCAGGAGAAGAGUGAAUUGAGUCAGGCUGAAGGAGUCCUGGAGCGACUGGAGCAGGAGAUUUCUGAUCUGAGGAGGAGAGACACUGAGCUGGAGCAGCUUUCACACACAGAGGAUCACAUCCAUUUCCUCCAGAGUUUCUCUUCUCUCUGUUCCCCUCCUGGACCUGAAGACUCACUCAGCAUCACUGUCAGUCCACACCUCUCUUUUGAGGAUGUAGGAAAAUCUGUCUCUCAGCUGAAAGAGCAACUGGAGAAUUUCUGGAAGAAGGAGUUUGGAAGACUUUCCAUGAGACACUCUGACAUCAUUCCUCUCCCUGAACCCAAAACCAGAGAUGAGUUCUUACAAUAUUCCUGUGAUCUCACACUGGAUCCCAACACAGCACAUAAACUCCUCUGUCUGUCUGAGGGGAACAGAGUGGUGACAUGCAGUAAGACAGCCCGGUCAUAUCCUGAUCAUCCAGAGAGAUUUAAUGGAUUGUGUCAGGUGUUGUGUAGAGAGAGUGUGUCUGAACGCUGUUACUGGGAGACUGAGUGGAGUGAGAAUAGUGAGGUUUCUAUAUCAGUGUCAUAUAAAGACAUCAGGAGGAAAGGAGGGGGUUAUGAGUGUGUGUUUGGAUUUAAUGAUCAGUCCUGGAGUUUGUACUGUUCUCCCUCUAAUUACUUAUUCAGACACAAUAAGAAAGUGACUAAACUCUCCAUAGUUCCCAGUUCCUCCAGAAUAGGAGUGUAUGUGGACCACAGGGCAGGAACUCUGUCCUUCUACAGCGUCUCUGACACAAUGACCCUCCUCCACAGAGUCCACACCACAUUCACUCAGCCCCUCUAUCCUGGGUUUUGGAUCGGCAGAAACAUUUCUACUGGGUUAGGUGAUCACAGACCCUCCAGAGACUUCCAGUUUGUCUGA